AUGCACGUCCUCCCCUACCCAGGUCCCUCAGACCUAACCACCUACCUCUCCGAUAACAGCAAAGCCCUCUACGGCGUCCGCAGCCGCAGAAUUACCCCUGCCCUUUCCAAUACACCCUCAUCCAAAACCCUCCACGCCAUCUUCCACUACAACACGCACACCCACGAUCUAAUCACCAAAUCCAUCGCCGAAGGCCACGACCACCUCACCCGCUUCUUCACAACAUGGUUCAUGUGCCAGUUUCUCGACAUGGGCCUUAACACUCCGGGAGCGUGGGUGGAUAUGCAUUCGUCGAUUGUUACGCUGGGGGAGUGGGAGCGGCAAAAGGAUAGUCGGUGGGCGCCGCCGGCGAAGAAUUGGCCGCUGAGUGUUGUGUUGGAGGUUGGGGUUGUGACGCGUUGGACUGGGAAGUACCCCUGCAGCUUCCUGGGAUUCAUCCCAUGCUAUUAG